AAAACAUCAGAUAUGUGUGGUUAGUACAGAUCAUUGAUAACCAUAAUGUCUCUACCAGACCUGGACAUCGUUAUGUACCUAUCUCCUCGAAUGAUCGAUAUGCUCGCAUGUGUGAAGAAGAGAAUAUCAGCUUCACCAAUGGCGGAGAAAAGACUCCUAAAAGACCAUCCAAACGAAUGUAAACAUCAUUUCCAAGCGUGUAUCGAGCUGUUCAACAGUCUCGAAAGCAGCUUUUCUUUCAAUAUGGGAAAUGUAUUAAGUGAUUUGAGAAGACGUUUUGUCGAAUUCGACAUGUGUCAUCAGGACAUCAUGCCAAAUACCUCUUAGUAUCAAGUUCAUGAAAUUUAUCGUUCUGAAGCACAAACUGGAAUUGUGCCCGAUGUUGAGAACUGUGAGACAAGUGGGACAAGGGUCAAGAAUGAAUCAUGGUCUA